CUCCCUGUCUGCUGCUGUUCCCACCCACACCCCCCCCCCCACCUGAUCCUCUCCAAUAAACGCCGUGAAUCUUUGUCUAGUUGCUGUUGUUGUGUUCCUCGUCUUGGCGACACUCUCUCCUUGAUCCUCACCACGCUGCUCCACACCUGUUGCAUCGCCGUACUGUGGCACUUGGAGCAUUCCUACGUUACUGCCUCAUUUCCAGUCUUGUAUUGAUGUGUGGAUCUUCUUUUUUCGCCCUUCGCUCCAUGUAUCACAACUUCUAGUGCCACUUUCGUCUUUCUUCCAUUGUUGACACUGUACCUGCUGGUCCGCCGACUGUAAAUUAUCUGUCUGCUGUUUUCAAGCCACAGCCAGAAGUCCGUGGUUGCACCUGGGGGGUGUGGCUGGAGCACAAAUCACAUCAGGGUGGAUGCGUGUAUUGCUUGUGAAGCCCAGUCUGUGCAUCGAACGCACCCAUCGACACCAAACUGUUCCGUUCGUGGGAGAGAGAGUGGACUGGAACGAAGCUACUCGCGUGGUAGCGGAGAUACUGCAGUAGUUUCAGUUGUUCAGUCCAGAUAUUGACCGUGGAUGACUUGCUGGACAUCUAGUCGAUGUCUGGGGUGCAUAGACGUGUUUGUGUCGUUCGACGUUGAUUCACGUGGUACCCCACCGUUUGGAUCGGUGUUGAAUUCUUGAAAUCACUUUUCAAACUGGCUGAAAAGGUCAUCCAGGUGUGGUGGUAGGUCUAGUGGGUGCUGAUCACAUAUCUGGAGGUUCAAUUCAACACACAUGCUUUGUUGGGAUGUGCGCAUGCUCAAUCAGGUGACUUGCGUGUGAACGCAUACGAGCGCGAACUAUUUCUCGCACUGGAACUUUUCCGUAAUCCACGGGAUUAAUUCUUCUGGAAACUGGAGACCAUCGUGUUAAGGGUGAAGACAUUGUCUAUGCGAGUUUCAACCACACCUGAUCUUCGUUAUUCUGUGCGAUUGAAGUCCCACAAUUUCUCAGGUUUUAGUCUGCUAGACGUUGGUACUGGCUCAUGUGACCCCUCUCCUUCAUACAGUAAAUCUCACACAGAUUUCCAGCACCUAGAUUUCCAGCAGUGCAUGGUUUGAUCGGACACCCCUUGCUGUGCUCAUCUUCUCUCUUCAGCCGUUUUCCACGGUAACAAGUUUCUUAUUAACGCUUCUUCGCGAAGCUCAUACGAAUACCACGCUAGCUAGUAUUCUGUCGUUUUCGUCGUUUUGUUUUCUUCUUCUUUUCCAGCACACUUCGUAAGUGCGUUUUGAUCGUGGUCACCGGUGACUUGGUGUUCAUUACCUCUUCAGUGACGGUAGUUUAGUGACGUCUUGCACGUGCUCUGAGAUUCCCUCUAGAUUUUGAGUCAAUAGCUGCUGAUUUUACAGAAGUGACUUUUGUCUUUGAGGUCCCACUACUUCGUCAGCGUAUCGUCAUCUGCAGAGUUGUUAGUGUGAUUUUUCUAUUUGAUCAUCGAAGAGUAAUAGUGACCUGUAGCUCUACCUGGUUCACUCUUUAGACAGACGCUUUAUUCACCAGAAUCAUUGGGUGAGGGAGCUACUGGAACCUUUGUACUCAAUAUCAAGCGCAGUGACUGCCUGUAAACAUCUGCCUUUGUGUCUCAAGCAUGUGCAACGGCAAGAAUACCAUGGAGACAAAACAAGAUUGCAACAUUGAGCUUCCACCAGGGUUUCGCUUCCAUCCUACUGAUGAUGAGCUCGUCAGCUUCUACCUGACCCGAAAGGUCAAAAACCCUCACUUUGCCGUGAAGUCGAUUCCGAACGUGAGCCUCAACAAAUGCGAGCCCUGGGAUCUUCCUGAGAAAGCGAAAGUAGGGGAGAAGGAAUGGUAUUUCUUCAGCCUGCGAGACAGGAAGUAUCCAACGGGGAUACGAACCAACAGAGCCACUGAGAAGGGGUAUUGGAAGGCCACAGGUAAGGACAGGGAUGUGAUGAAUUAUAGCACUCAUCUUCUGGUAGGCAUGAAGAAGACUCUGGUGUUCUACCUUGGCCGCGCACCCAAGGGCGCUAAGACCAACUGGAUCAUGCACGAGUACCGCCUGGAGAAUGACUUGAGUAAUCACCUAAGCAACCAUGAAUCUCACCAAUCCAAGAAUCACGAAUGGGUAGUAUGCCGUGUCUUUCAGAAGACGGUUGGCAACAAAAAGCCUAGUUUCAUGUACGCUGGCAUGCCAAGCUAUCAACUUGCUGAUCCGCUUGAUGCACUUCCUGGCAACCACCGGGACAACUCCCCGAAUCCCACAGUAACUGACUCGGACGACUGCGACACAUGCACAGCCGCUGAGUCCUUCUACAAAUGUCAGGAUAGUUUACGAGGGGGCGGUGACCAUGUUGCCCAAGAGUUCAGGCAAGACCACGCUGCGUCCGUUAUGGCACACCAGUUGCCUGCGCCUGGGUCAAUUCCUAUAGCAACCCCGGCGAUGGAUUUGUACCAGUACAACAUGAUGAAGGAGCCCUAUUACAACCAUCAGAACGGUGCCGACAUAGUCAAGUUGUUCUCUCCACCUCCUCAAAGCAUGAUCAGCCAUCCCCUGACUACAGUGAAUGGCAUCCGCAUACGAGCGAAACUGGAACCAUCGCACAACCCCUACAGUGAAGGAGAGGACGAAGUUGAAAGCAGCCAAAGAUUGAAUAACCUUGAUUACGCUUGGCCCGAUGAUGCUCUCAAUGCAGAGUACUUCCCUUGUGACGGUUCCCUCCUUCCCUUGCAAUCUGUUGCUGAGGAUAGCAGCCAGACUUCGACGUGUUUCACGGACGGUAGUGGACUCUACAAUCGCUCUCUGCGAGGCAGCUUUUCUGGGCUGUCGGAGGUGGCUGGACCAGCCAUGGAUGUCCUGCAAGAGUGGUCGUACUGAGGAGGCAUUAGAUUCAGGCCUCAUGACAACGAUCUGUUCUGGAAAAUUUUGAAGAUCAGCUGAGCUUCAAGUUGGCCAACAUAAUGUACAAAAGUACACAUGCAGAGAUCUGAUUAACUUUUUGAAUGUAGAUUUUAGACUGCUGAGAUUGGUUGGAUCAUACUGGUGUAGAUUAUGGAUACUCGGUUUUAUCAAGAAUUUGAAAUGCUGCUAUUGUCUGACUAUUCGGCCGGACCACCACUACCGAAUUCUGGGUUGAGAACAAGAUGGUGGGAGUCAGAUUCUGGAGCUGCAGCGUGACAAUUAACCCCAGCGUCUUCAACUGGACAAGCCAGAACGACGAAGAAAGAACUUUUUAAUUGGUCUCUUUUCGGUUGCUUUCUAUGCCAGGGCUUGCGUCUGUAAUUAUAUGAGCCUUGACCAGGAGCCUUUCAGCAUGCGGCCAUCCGAGACAUGAGCUGAGCCUCUGGUAGUCCUAGAUUCACUUGUAAGAUUUGAAAGCAGUCAUUGUAGGUAAGAUUGAUUGAGCAUCGGCUUGCUAGAUUGAUGGAGCCAACGAGUGGGACGUGAGAGCCUCGUAAUGUAAGGUCAAGGUAUCACCCUGUGUAAAUGUAACCUCGACGCAAACGAGGCCAAGUAUGACACAGUAUUACAUCUGUACCUAGGUAUGAUUUAUAAAUUUUUGAUUGCCUUCUUGUGGAUGGCGUUGUUAAAUAAAAAGAAAUUAAAAUGUUUGAUUCUA